GUUUUCGUCCACUCCUCUGCCGGGAUUGGGGAUGAUGGAGCAGCCUGUGUGUGUGGAGCAGGAUUAUCUUCUCUGGCCACAAGGGGGCAUCAGUGCUGCAGAGAUGGGCAGCUGCGGGCACGCCAGGGGAUUGAUUCCUUUAGUCCAGCCCUGGCCUGGAGGGGAGGAUGCCCAGCGCGUACGGUGCCCUCGUCAGAGAGCGGCAGGGGAUGGGUGGUGCCGCUCAGUGAGGCUCAGAGCAUGAACCUGCAGACAGGGAGAGAAAGGAGAUCCCGGUAUAAACCAGUAUAACGGCAGCUUCAGCGCGGGGAGGAGCAGUGGAGAUCCCAGUGUAAACCAACACAGGGAGGCUGCUGCUGUUGUAGGACUGGGACCCUCCCAGUUCUCCCAGGAUAAGGCGAGGGAGUGGCGAUCCCAGGCUCAGCCCAGAGGCUUCCCUAGACGACCCCCCACCCCGCAGAUGGAGGAGCCCCCGGCGAGGCGGCCCGGGGCCGUGGGCUGCUGGCGAUGCUUCUGGGAGUUCUGGAACUACGAGACCCCCAAAGUCCUCGUGGUGAAGAACCGCAACCUCGGCAUCAUGUACAGAGGGGUGCAGCUGCUCAUCCUGCUCUACUUCAUCUGGUACGUGUUCAUCAUCCAGAAGGGCUACCAGGAGAGCGAGACAGGCCCCGAGAGCUCCGUGCUCACCAAGGUGAAGGGCAUCACCCGCUCACCCAGCAAGGUCUGGGACGUGGAGGAGUACGUCAAACCUGCUGAGGGCGGCAGCGUGUUCAGCAUCCUCACCCGGGUGGAAGUCACCCGCUCCCAGACGCUGGAGACCUGCCCGGAGAGCCUGGAGGUCCCUCACGCCACCUGCACCUCCGACAGCGACUGUGUGGCUGGGGAGAUGGAGAUGCUGGGGAACGGAGAGAGGACGGGGCGCUGCGUCCCCUAUUACAGCGGGCCGGGGAAGACCUGUGAGGUCACCGCCUGGUGUCCAGUGGAAGACGGAGGAACGGUCAGCGAGUCCCUGGGGAAGAUGGCCGCGCAGUUCACCAUCCUGAUCAAGAACAACAUCCAAUUCCCCCGCUUCGGAUUCUCCAAAGGGAACGUGAAGGGCGAUAAGAACGGCUACCUCAAAGACUGCACCUUCAACGAGACCACGGACCUGUACUGCCCCAUCUUCCGCCUGGGCUCCAUUGUGGAGCAGGCAGGAGAGAACUUCACCGCGCUGGCCGAACAGGGCGGCGUUAUCGGGGUGAUCAUAAACUGGAACUGUAACCUGGACCUGCCCGACUCCGCGUGCAACCCCAGCUAUUCCUUCCGCAGGCUGGAUCCCAAGAGAACUCAGGUGUCUUCUGGCUACAACUACAGGUUUGCCAAAUAUUACAACUGCAACGGGACGAACACGCGGAGCCUGAUCAAGGCCUAUGGGAUCCGCAUUGACGUUAUUGUGCAUGGCCAGGCAGGGAAGUUCAGCCUGAUCCCCACCAUCAUUAACCUGGCCACGGCGCUGACCUCGGUGGGAGUGGGCUCCUUCCUCUGCGACUGGAUCUUACUGACCUUCCUGAACAAGAACGACGUGUACAGCGCCCGGAAAUUCGAUCAGAUGCAGCCGCUUGGCACCUCGAGAGCCAGUGCCCAGAGACCGGGCCGGAUGGGCUCUCCCUGCCCCUGCUGGCUCUGGGCGUUCCCUGCGGGAGCCGGGCACUGCAGCCUGCCUGAUGAGCCACCCCACAGGCCUUCCCCUGGCCGUUCUCCACGCCCUGUGACCUGGGGUGGGGCCGUGGAGCGAGGCCUAGGCACUAACCGCCCCAUCUCUCCUCUGUCUGGCCAGGACAGGACCCCGGCGCCAGGCGGCAUUGGUAACGCCUGCACCACUCAGGCCUCGUCGCCGGCCCACCCCAAGGGCCCCAGCCAGCUCUGAGCUGCCUCUACCCCUCACCUGCUGCUGUGGCUGGCCUGGGGACCCACUGCCAAUGGGCAGGCUGAGUGGGGCUGCCCCAGUACUGACUGGAGGGGUGAGGACCAGGAGACCCCCAGCCCAAUCUGGAUUUCACCCCACGGCCAGCAGAGUUCCCGGAGAGCCUCAGCUUCCCUGCGACUCUCUGCAGGGCUGGGGGUGAGUGAGCCCAGACCCAGACAGGCCCCCAGCGCUAGGCCGAACACGCACCCCAGAGCCUUGUACAGACCCCAGGGCUGGCCAAAUCCCCCGGAGGCUGGAGAGCCAGGUGACCCGCCACGGGGACAGGUACCCGCCUAGUUCUACGCCCCCUGCUCUGCCAGCCCCUCCUGCAGUGAACGUGCCCAGUGGGCUGUGAUGGGGCGAGAGGUCGGCCCCAGGAGGCCAGCCGCAGAGAGGCUGGUCUGUGCAGGCCACGGCCGCCUCCCCGGGCCCAGCCGGCUCUUUAACUCGCACUGACCAGGGAGUCAUUUGGGUCGCUGGGUGUUGUGCUGAGGGGGGACAGAACCAGCAGGGAGCACAUGGGCACUGUCCUCUCCCGGGGCAUCACCUCUUCCCUGCUACUCUCCCCCUAAGAGAGCCCCCUGCCCCACCCUGGGCUCCCCUUCCUCCAUGGCUGCUCCCCACAUUUCCCCAGCUGUUCUGGAGCCUGCUCACCCCAUAGCACUCGCCCAUGAGCCCCCCACAAACCCAGCCAUGCCCACUCAUAGCGUCAGACAAGCCACACUCACAGGGCAGUUCCUCACAGCGUGAUCACCACUCAGCCUUCUGGCUGGCUUUGAGCAGCAGCAGCUUAGUGAACACUACUGACGUUUGAAUUGAGGAAAGCACCAUUGAGAUGAGCAGGGCACUUCACCCCCUCAGAGCUGCUGUUUCAGGCUCUCUGCAGACUCUGGCAGAGCUCACGGCAUCAGUGACGCUUGGGUCAUAUUUUGAAGGGGUUUGUUACAAUCCUAAGGACCAGAGAUUUAAUGUUAGUGCUCAGGGAUGGGCGGGGAGGGCUCAGGUUUUUGGCAGCCCAGCUUGAGACACCUCAUUUUCCAGGAAGUGCCGCGCCCCCGUCCUGUGAAAAACUGCCCUGGAGAUACCCCCAAAUCACCAGUCGCUGCUGAAAAGCUGGGCUUGAGAGCAUAGCCUGGGUCACACAAAUGCAGGGCCCCGA